AUGAAGUCGAUUUCGAUAUUUUUCAUUGUUUGUGUCUUGGCCUAUUUCUCACCUGGUAAUGCUCAAGUGAUUCAUUCCCUUGAUCAAGCCGCCUCGCAAGGCUCUACUGGCCUUUCGCAACGGGUUCAUUCUUCCGUUGGAAAACCGAGCCAUCCGUUGAAUAAGCAUAUCCGAGAGAAACCUGAUCCUACAACUUAUAUGGGCUUUGGUGCAUCGCGGGAGGUCGACGAUGGAGGACAGACCUACGGUUAG